CGCGAAUUGAAUCGUUUACUCGUUUGGGAUAUUUAUUUCGCUAUCGUUUUGUUUCAAAUGGUGAUGUAUGUUGUGUUUGAUGAGACGUUUCUAAUUGAUGUGCAAGUGCGCUCGGGCAUGAAAUGUCCAUUGUGAUGAAAUUGAAUUAGGCUAUGCUUCUUUUGCUUUAGUAAGCGUGUUAAAAUGAUAAUGAUGGCUUCUGCUAAAUGAACCUUGCCUGGAUGUGUAAUGUACUACCAUUAUGAAGCAUAACAAGCUUCUCAUUAAGAACAAACGGAACAGACAGAUGUUGGAUAUAUAUACGGAAGUAUGUUGGAAAUUUUAGGCACAAAAUCACGUAAUCACUAUGUGUCGCACUGUGUGGAUUGUGGCAAUCGUUGCGGGCAUCGCGUAUUUCCACCAGCUAGAGGCGUCGGUGCGCAUUACCAACUACACGGACGAGUGGGAUCCAAAGUAUCUGGAUGUGGAUUUGCGCGUCCGUCGGCUGGACCAAACUACUUCGAUCGAUUUUGAUUUGGAUCUUAAGCAGGAGCUCGACAAGAAUGUUGAGUACGAUGUGCGUUUGUGCAAACGGGUAGCCGGUAAAUAUCAUCAGAUGAUGUACACGGGCAAGCAGCAGCUUUGCGGCAAGGAGCUGCGCCGGUCGCGCAAUCUGCUCGACCGAUACAUUGCUUCGGAGCUGGUGAAACACUCGAACCUGACGACCCGGUGCCCUAUCAAGACUGGGCACUACGAGGUGCGGAACUUUGAAAUCGACGAUCGCCAUCUGAUGAUGAGCGUGGUACCGUCGGGCGAGUUUCUGAUCGAGGUCGGCGUGUAUCAUCGCGGCAAGGAGAUCAAAAUGAAUCGCUGGUUUGUGACGGCAACGUAAAUUUGCCCGGAUGCUGCUGUUUAAGCAGCAAUUUCACGCUAACGGUAAGACUAUUAAUUCGCAUUUAGUGUAAAUGCUAUCAUGUUUCCUCUGUGCGGUGUAUAAAGCCAUGUUUUGGGAGGUAAAAAAACGCUGAAAUUAGUUAUA